UGCACCACAAAUAGCAUAAAACCAGGAAAGCGGAACACAUCUCCUUUCUUUUGCAGCCAGACUCAUGUAUGUGGCUAUUGUCUAGGGUGCUAUUGACUUCAUUCUUGUGGCCAAUGACAUAUCAGGUGCACCACAAUUGAGUAUGAAAUGAGGAAAACCUCAUUCAUCUUCUUUCUUUUGCAGGCAGACUCAUCAGUGUGGUCAAUGUCUAUUGUGCUAUUCACUUCAUUCUUGUGGCCAAUGACAUAUCAGUUGCACCACAAAAAAGUUUGUAAGCAGGAACACCUUAUACAUCUUCUCUCUUUUGCAGGCAGACUCAUAUGUUUGGUCAUAGUCUAUGGUGCUAUUGACUUCAUUCUUGUGGCCAAUGACAAAUCAGUUGCACCACAAAUAGUACGAAAGCAGGAAAACCAUAUACAUCUCCUUUCUUAUGGUAAGUGUGGCUACUCCUUUGUCACAUUUUACAUUAGAUUCCAUAAGUUGAGAUACAAAUGA